AUGCAGUCGGCUCUUGUGUCCCUCCUCGUCGCUGCCAACGCGCUAGCCGUAUCCGCAGGCUCCUCGUCCUCAUCCUCCUUUGAUCCUUUGCGCCAUCUGGCUGGCAUUGCACCCUACUUUGAGGAUCCUCAGGGCGACCCAAAACCACCCCAGGGAUGCAAUGUUACGCGUGCGUCAUACCUGAUCCGCCAUGCUGCCAUUUACGCAAACGACUUCGAUUACGAGGAGUACAUUGAGCCUUUUACCGACAAGCUAAAGAACACGACGGCCAACUGGCGCAGCGCGGGCCCGCUGGAAUUUCUCGCCAGAUGGCAAUCGCCUAUUACGGACGAGGAGCUCGAGGACCUGACGUCCAUUGGCCGGCUUGAGUCGUACAAGCUGGGUGUUGAUGUUCGGCUGCGAUACCCAUCCUUCAAGGACCCUAAGAGCGUGUGGACGUCGACAGCAGAGAGGACAGAGCUCAGCACUUCUUCCUUUAUCGACGGCCUUGUCGCUGAUAGUAACGGCACAAAGCUCGUCCCUGUGCGCGAGGAUGCUGCCCGUGGUGCCGAUUCUCUAACUCCCUACAAGGGCUGCCCAAAGUACAGCUCUUCUUAUGGUAGCGAUCAGUCGUCGGAAUACCAGAAGAAAUACACCAAGCCCAUCAUCGGCCGUCUGAAUGAUUAUGCGCCCAACUUUAACUUCACAGCUAGCGACAUUGUCGGCAUGCAGCAGCUGUGCGGCUAUGAAACCGUUAUCCGUGGCUCAUCUCCUUUCUGCUCUCUGGACCUCUUCUCUCAAGAUGAAUGGCUUUCUUUCGAGUACAUGAACGACAUCAUGUACUUUUACAACACCGGAUAUGCCAGCGAGCAGCUCGCUGGCACUCUGGGAUUCCCCUGGCUCAACGCUUCUGCCAACGUGCUGCUCGCCGACGACGCCGACCAAGAUCUUUACGUCUCCUUCACCCACCGCGAGCUACCUCCCACGGUCGCUGUAGCAAUGGGCUUGUUCAACAACAGCGCUUACACCGGGGUCAACAACCCGAGCGCCACAAUGCCUCUUGACAGGCCGAACCAGGGCCGAGUCUGGCGCUCCUCAGGGAUCCUGCCUUUCCUGUCCAACUUUGCCAUCGAGAAGAUGACGUGUGACAGCUACGGUUUCGAUGCAGGCGAGUACUUCCGGGUACUCGUGAACAAGGAUCCGCAGCAAUUGGCUUGCGGGGAUGGACCAGGGGAGAGCUGCUCAAAGGCCGCGUUUGAAGACUUUAUCCAAGAGAAGAAGACACGCUUUGGUGGCUUCACGGAAUUCUGCGAGCCAGAGUAUAAGAACUCGACCGAUGUUCUUAGCAUUUACGGUGGAGACAAUUAG